AUGUAUUAUUAUAAAUUAAUUUACAUUUUCUUUUUGUUAAUUUUUAUCAACAUUUCUGUUGGAAAUACCAAACAAAAAAACAAUUUAUUAUCCCACCGUCGAUGCAAAAGGGGUAAUAAUCUGCGUGGUUGUUUUGGAGGUGGAAGUAGAGGAAGGCCUGAUGAUCAACCUUUUAAACAGCGUGAGGGAAAGGGAAAGGCACAUGUUAAGGAAGAAAGUGAAGUUAAAGGAGGAAAUUCAAAGAAAAGGGCUUUAUUUGUUUGUCAUAACUCUUUCUACUCUCAUCUAAAAUAUAACGUAAAUUUAUAA